CGUCCUCUCGCGAUACUCACCUCUUCUCGCGAGAACACACAACCAGCCGCGGAUCCAACAUGGCGGAAGAGGAGGUGCAGAAACUGCAGAAGCACCUGUCCCUGCUGCGGCAGGAGUACGUCAAAAUGCAGCAGAAACUGGUGGAGACGGAGAGGAGGUGCUCCCUGCUGGCGGCGCAGGCCUCUGGUCACGGCUCCUCCUCGUCCUCCUCCUCACAGCCCAGUGACUCCUUCAUCAGCCGCCUGCUGGCCAUCGUGGCUGAACUUUAUCAGCGAGACCAGUACAGUGACCUGAAGGUGAAGGUUGGACAGGAGCAGCUGAGUGCCCAUAAGUUUGUCCUGGCAGCACGCAGUGAUGUCUGGAGCCCAGCCAACAUGGCGUCCACGUCCGAGCUUGACCUGUCAGAGGCCAAGCCAGAGGUUGCCAUGGCAAUGCUACGCUGGGCUUAUACGGAUGAGCUAGAGCUGUGUGAAGACGACACCUUCCUCAUUGACCUGAUGAAGCUGGCCAACCGCUUCCAGCUUUACCUUCUACGAGAGAGAUGUGAGAAAGGAGUGAUGUCGUCAGUAAACGUGAGGAACUGCAUUCGGUUCUACCAGACGGCCGAGGAGUUGGACGCCACCACGCUGAUGAACUACUGCGGUGAAAUCAUCGCCAGCCACUGGGACGAUCUGAGGAAAGAGGACUUCAGUACAAUGAGUGCUCAGCUGCUGUAUAAGAUGAUCAAAUCCAAAACGGAGUUUCCUCUACACAAAGCCAUUAAAGUGGAGAGGGAGGAUGUGGUCUUCCUGUAUCUUAUCGAGAUGGAUGCUCAGCUGCCAGGGAAGCUGAAUGAGCUGGACAAUAACGGAGAUCUGGCUCUGGACCUGGCCUUGUCCAGAAAACAGGAGAGCAUCGCCACAACCUUGGUCAACAACAAGGCAGAUGUAGACAUGGUGGAUCAGAGUGGCUGGAGCCUCCUGCACAAAGCCAUCCAGAGAGGAGAUGAGUUUGCUUCCACCUUCCUGAUCCGCCACUCAGCUCAGGUGAACGCAGCUACAGUCGGGGCAGUGGAGACGCCGCUGCACUUGGUCUGCUCCUUCAGCCCAAGGAAACACAGCGCUGAGGUGAUGAGCGGCAUGGCCCGCAUCGCAGAGGCCUUGCUCAAAACCGGCGCCAACCCCAACAUGCAAAAUAGCAGAGGACGAACACCUUUACAUGAAGCAGUGCUGUCAGGAAACGAACCCGUGUUCAACCAACUCCUGCAGUGCAAACAGCUGGACAUGGAUCUGAAAGACCAUGAGGGGAAUACCGCUCUGUGGCUGGCCCUGCAGUACAUUACAGUAGCAUCUGAUCCCUCCAUUAACCCCUUCGAUGAUGACGCCCCCAUCGUUAACGGCACCUCAUUCGAUGAGAACAGCUUUGCAGCUCGGCUUAUACAAAGAGGAAGCGACCCCAAUGCUCCGGACGCCUCAGGAAACUGCCUCAUUCAGAGAGCAGCUCUUGCAGGAAGUGAGGCAGCUGCCAUCUUCCUGACCACCCAUGAAGCAAAGGUCAAUCAUACCAAUAAAUGGGGAGAAACUCCCCUGCACACAGCGUGUCGCUGCGGAUUAGCAGCUCUGACGGCUGAGCUUCUGCAGCAGGGAGCCAAUCCUAAUCUUCAAACCCACACUGCCUUGCCUGACGCAGGGGACCGGAGCCAUGGUGGCUCCUUACAGAGCCCUCUGCACAUGGCCAUCGUUCACAACCACCCAGACGUGGUGUCUGUCAUACUAGAGCAGAAAGCCAAUGCGCUGCAUGCCACCAACAACCUACAGAUCAUCCCAGACUUCAGCCUUAAAGAUUCCUUGGGCCAGACUGUGCUCGGACUUGCUCUCUGGACAGGAAUGCACACUAUUGCUGCACAGCUCCUGGGCUCAGGGGCAGCUAUUAAUGACACCAUGUCAGAUGGCCAGACUCUUCUCCAUAUGGCCAUCAAGAGACAGGACAGCAAGAGUGCCCUCUUCUUGCUAGAGCACCAGGCAGACAUCAAUGUAAGGACACAUGAGGGUCGGACAGCCCUGCAGCUGGCCAUCAGUAACCAGCUCCCCUUGGUGGUGGAUGCUAUCUGUACACGUGGAGCAGACAUGUCCGUGGUGGAUGAGAAGGGAGAUCCUCCACUGUGGCUUGCCUUAGAGAACGGUCUGGAGGAUAUUGCCUCAACAUUGGUCAGGCAUGGUUGUGACGCAACAUGCUGGAGUACGGGACCGAGUGGGUGCCAGCAAACGUUGCUGCACAGAGCCAUCAAUGAGAACAACGAGGUCUCCGCCUGCUUCCUUAUACGCAGUGGCUGUGAUGUGAACAGUCCUCGGAGGCCUGGUACAAACGGGGAGGGAGACGAGGAGGCGCGGGAUGGUCAGAGCCCUCUGCACCUGGCCUCCUGCUGGGGCCUUGAUGAGGUGGUGCAGUGCCUUCUGGAGUUCGGAGCCAACGUUAAUGCACAGGAUGCCGAGGGCCGGGCGCCAAUCCACGUGGCCAUCAGUAACCAGCACAACGUGAUUAUCCAGCUUCUCAUCUCACACCCAGACAUCCGGCUGAACCUGAGAGACCGACAGGGCACGACGCCAUUUGCCUGCGCUAUGACUCACAAGAACAACAAAGCAGCAGAAGCCAUCCUCAAAAGAGAGCCUGGAGCAGCCGAGCAGGUUGACAACAAGGGACGUAACUUCCUUCACAUAGCUGUGCAGAACUCGGACAUUGAGAGUGUGCUUUUCUUGAUCAGCGUGCAGGUUAACGUUAACUCCAGGGUGCAGGAUGCAGCCAAACUCACACCACUGCACCUCGCUGUGCAGGCCGGCUCAGAGAUCAUUGUGCGCAACUUGCUUCUAGCAGGCGCUAAAGUGAACGAGUUGACUAAACACCGUCAGACGGCUCUACAUUUGGCGGCGCAGCAAGAUCUGGCCACUAUUUGCUCCGUGCUGAUCGAAAACGGUGUCGAUUUUCCAGCUGUCGAUGAGAAUGGAAACAAUGCUCUACACCUAGCUGUGAUGCAGGGUCGUCUGAAUAACGUGCGAGCUCUUCUCACCGAGUCAAACAUCGACGCAGAAGCCUACAAUGUCAGGGGCCAGUCUCCAAUGCAUGUUCUUGGACACUAUGGGAAGGAAAAUGCAGCAGCCAUCUUUGAGCUCUUCUUGGAAUGUAUGCCAGAGUAUCCUCUGGAUAAACCGGAUAGUGAAGGGAAUACAGUUCUUCUGUUGGCCUAUAUGAAAGGAAAUUCUAAUCUCUGUCGCGCCAUCGUGAGGGCCGGAGCUCGUCUGGGCGUCAACAACAAUCAGGGCAUAAACAUUUUCAACUAUCAAGUGGCCACUAAGCAGCUCCUCUUCCGCCUUCUAGAUAUGCUCUCCAAAGAGCCCCCAUGGUGCGACGGCUCCAACUGUUACGAAUGUGUUGCCAAGUUUGGAGUCACUACAAGAAAGCAUCACUGCCGUCACUGUGGCCGCUUGCUCUGCCACAAGUGCUCCAUCAAGGAGAUCCCCAUCAUCAAAUUCGACCUGAACAAGCCAGUCCGCGUGUGUGAUAUCUGCUUCGACGUGCUAACUUUGGGUGGAGUUUCCUAACGCACUAGCAGGGCAUGAGUGGUGCACACACACUAAACUGGACCGUGGUGGUUUAAAAAGGUGGGAAGGGAAGGGAGGGGGGGGAGAAUGGACUAAAUGUAUGGACCACAAUUUUUACUACUAUUGCAGAGAUUUCUGAACAAAACAACUGUCUAUGUAUGUUCUAGUACCAACAUCUAUUAAGGAUCAAAAUUAAAGUAGUGCAGGAGUUCUUAACUCUAAUCUUGAGGACCCUGUGUUUCUGUGACGCGCCCAUUAUUUAAGGAAAAAUCCACCCUGAAUGGACACAUCAGUGUUUAUAAUCAAUAUGCCAUCUUCACUUAGGAUUGCUGUAUUUUGGGUUGAACUUUAAAUCGACACGGUAUUUUCACUUAAACAUUACUCACAAUGCCGUUUGAAUACCUUCUGAUAGUAGUGCCAGAGGGAAUUCAUUUCUACCUAAAGAGAGUGAUGCAGAAGCGCUUUAGUCCUCUAGUCUGUCCAGCUCGCUCAUCUAUAAACACCUCUACUCAAACCGAAUCUAACAAAGGUUUAUUGUUUGAGACAACACUGCCGUCACCACCAUCGUGUUUGUAGAUCUCGAAGAAGCUGAGCCGGGUCUCUGGCGUAACUCUGCGCAUUGUAUUCUGGAACUUUGAGUCCAACGUUUUGCUGUCUCUGCUAUUUCUAUGCGAGUGAGAAAAGAAUCUCUUGCUAAGGCACAAAGAGAGAUGCCUCACUGUUUUCCCAUAUGUUUGAGAUCACUCCUCUCUACGCCCCCCCCCCCCCCAAACAGAGCGACAUACUAUUACUAACUUUUCACAGGAAUAACAAAAAUACAGCACUAACCAACAAACUAGCAUCAGAAUCUCUAAGCACAUUAGAGAUCCCAUUAUAAACCUGUAUUUAAUGUGUUUCAGGGUGAAGUUUUCCUUUAAUGACAUGUAGGGGUAUGGGGUCUGCACGAUUGGAGUUAAGAACUUCCGCAGUAGCAGAACGCUAUUGAAGUAGACUUAGGUGUUGUAGGUGCCAGGCUUGAAGAACGAAACUGAUAAUGGGGGAAGCUGCGGAGGGAAUGACUAUACAUCUGUAGAACUUUAAUUACAAAAUCGACCUUAGUGUAAAACACCACAUAACGUAGAUUUAAAGAUUAUUCCAUUAGUGAGCAUUGAACAUGAAGGACGAUGGAAUCUGAAUGAAGACUUUAUCCACGAUCGGAUAAUUAGCCGUUCCUCUCGAGAGGGUUUAAAGCCUUAAUCACAUUGGCCUGAGUGAUGCUUUUUGUUUAAUCUAAAACAAGGAGCGUUUACAAACCUUUACUAUAUAUUUUUUCUUGCACCUGUCUAUAAGGUCUACAGAGGGAAUUGUCACCCCGAAGGCCUCAAAAUAACGAAACACAAGGUUGACUUGACGUCAAGCACAUUUCAGUAAAUGAUAUGAUUUUUUUUUUACUUUUGGUCUUCUGUUAUUUAACCCUUGUUGUGCAUCAGUUCAUGAUCAUAAAUCAGUGAGGAAUCCGCAUAUUAAAUGCACUUCCAUUUUAUUCUUCCAUUUACGUUUUUGUUUUGUAUUUUCACAGAACAUUCGCAGCUGAACAAAGUCUCUCUUUCAUUUUCUGACCCGAACAAAAAAACUAAACUUUACUAUUACCAAGCAAACCGAGGUUUUAGGUGCAGAGGUAUGACGAGUUGCCUACUAUGCAUAUGCACAUUUAUCAUUUUAGCACUGUCCGAAUCAUUCCCAAUCACCAAAGCAUACAUUCCAUUUAAUCUAUGGCAUAUUACUCAAUUUUGGUAAAUCAUGCUAUCUUUUUUUUUUUUUUUGUGGGGGGGGGUAUUUUUAUUAUAAUGAUUAUUUUUUUUUAAUCUUUAGAUUUGCCUGUGACAUGUUAAGUUUGACCGUAUUAUGUUUUUAAACUCUUUCUUCUGAAAAGCUAAACAGCUGCACUUUAUCAUACUGGAUUUUUUUUUUUCCCUGAUCGUACAAAAAGAGUAUGUGACAUUCAAGGUCAGAGAGUCCGCAGUCCAUUCUAGGUUAUGUUAAAUUGUACAGCUAAUUGUAUACUAUUUUUGACCACUACAACUGUUUUGUACUUAAAUGCAAGUUGUGCUCUUUUGCCUCUGUCCAAUCUCUUAUGCACACUAUAUAUUGUAUCUGUAUGCUCAGAUAUCUAGCCUGUCACUUCCUCUAGUAUCCUUUUCAAGAAAGGGAGGACAACUUUACAUUAAGGUCAUCAGACGAUUAAAAACAAACAAUUAAAGCGAGUUGUAUUGA